AUGGCUGAGGAAAUUGAGUUCUCUUUUAUCGCCGUGGUCCUCCGCAUUCAACUUCACAUUGAUUUCUCUCCCUCUCUCUCUCUCUCUCUCUCUCUCCCCCUCCCUUGUCUGCUCUCCAGCUGCCGCACCAGCAACAGGAAGAGUCUGAUCCUGACCACCACCUCGCCAACUCUGCCUCGCCCACACUCCCCUCUGCCCCUCCCUGGACACCUUGGGAGCAGCCCUCUGGACAGCCCACGAAACUUCUCGCCGAGCAACCCAGCACACUUCUCAUUCGCCUCCUCCAGAAGAGCCGAUGGUCGUCGAUGGUCAUUAGCCUCUCUGCCCUCGUCUGGAUAUGGCACUAACACCCCCAGCUCCACGUCCUCCAGCUCUUCUCAGGAGCGUUUGCACCAGCUGCCCUUCCAGCCCACCAUGGACGAACUACACUUCUUGUCCAAGCACUUCGGCAGCACCGAGAGCAUCACGGAUGACGACGGCGGCCGAAGCUCCCCCCAAAUGCGCCCACGCUCCCGCAGCCUCAGCCCGGGUCGUUCCCCCUCCUGCUACGACAAUGAGAUAGUCAUGAUGAACCAUGUCUACAAGGAGCGUUUCCCCAAGGCCACCACGCAGAUGGAGGGGCGGUUGGCAGAGUUCAUCCAGACCUACUCUCCAGAAAACGUCCUGCCCCUGGCUGACGGGGUCCUCAGCUUCAUCCACCACCAGAUAGUCGAGCUGGCCCGAGACUGCCUGGCCAAGGCGCGUGAAGGCCUCAUCACCACCAUCUACUUCUUCGAGUUGCAGGAGAACCUGGAGAAGCUGCUCAACGAUGCGUACGAGCGGUCAGAGAGCUCUGAGGUUGCCUUCGUCACGGAGCUGGUGAAAAAGCUCCUCAUCAUAAUAUCGCGGCCUGCCAGGCUUCUGGAGUGUCUGGAGUUCAAUCCGGAGGAAUUUUACCAUCUGCUGGAGGCAGCAGAGGAUCACGCCAAGGAGGGACACCUGAUGAAGACGGACAUCCCCCGUUACAUCAUCAGCCAGCUGGGACUGACCAGGGACCCUAUUGAGGAAAUGGUGAACCUGGAUAGUUACGACAGCGAAGGACCGCUCACUCCCGAAACUGAUGACUCAACAGAGGGGAAGAUCAGGACCAUGAAGCCGCCAGGCGAGGCUGACUUCCAGACUAUCAAGCUGAUCAGUAAUGGGGCUUAUGGCGCUGUGUACCUGGUGCGUCACCUGGAGACUCGCCAGCGUUUUGCCAUGAAGAAGAUCAACAAGCAGAACCUGAUUCUGAGGAACCAGAUCCAGCAGGCCUUUGUGGAGCGAGACAUCCUCACGUUUGCGGAGAAUCCGUUCGUCGUCUCCAUGUUCUGCUCCUUUGAAACCCGUCGGCACCUUUGCAUGGUUAUGGAGUACGUAGAAGGAGGAGACUGUGCCACGUUGCUGAAGAAUAUUGGGGCCCUUCCUGUAGAAAUGGCCCGCAUGUACUUUGCUGAGACGGUCCUGGCACUGGAGUACAUACACAACUAUGGCAUCGUCCACCGCGACCUCAAACCGGACAAUCUCCUGAUUACCUCCAUGGGCCACAUCAAGCUGACAGAUUUUGGCCUGUCUAAAAUAGGACUGAUGAGUCUGACCACCAAUUUAUAUGAGGGACACAUAGAGAAGGACACCCGGGAGUUCUUGGAUAAACAGGUUUGCGGUACUCCGGAGUACAUUGCCCCAGAGGUGAUCCUGCGUCAGGGCUAUGGGAAACCUGUGGACUGGUGGGCCAUGGGCAUCAUCCUCUACGAGUUUCUGGUGGGUUGUGUACCUUUCUUUGGAGACACACCGGAGGAACUGUUUGGACAGGUCAUCACAGACGACAUAGUGUGGCCAGAAGGGGAUGAAGCGCUCCCUGCAGACGCCCAGAACCUGAUCUCAACACUACUGCAGACCAACCCGCUGGUCCGGCUGGGCACCGGUGGUCCUUUUGAAGUGAAGCAGCACUCAUUCUUCUCAGAGGUGGACUGGAACAGCCUCUUGCGACAGAAGGCAGAGUUCAUCCCUCACCUAGAGUCAGAGGAGGACACCAGUUAUUUUGACACUCGAUCUGAGCGCUACCAUCACGUCCAUUCCUAUGACGAGGAUGACACCAAUGAUGAUGAACCUGUGGAGAUCCGCCGCUUUUCAUCCUGCUCUCCUCGCUUCAGCAAGGUGUACAGCAGUAUGGAGCAUCUGUCCCAGCUGGAGUACAAACCUCCCUCCGUCACCCGACGAGAGCACAAAGUUCCCAGGGAGGAGCGGAUGGCCAAAAGAGAGAGCCUGGGCAGCCUCACCCUCCGGGACAAGAGCUGGAGAACCGGGUCUCCUGAGAUGAAGCGUCUGUCCUGCUCAGAGUCCUCCUUCACCGAGAGUGACUCCAGUCCUCCCACUGGAGUCCGCCGACGCUUCUCUGCCCUCAUGGACACGCAUCGUUUCACCUCUCCUUUGGAGGUCGACUCAGAGCUGUCCAUCCCCACCAGGCAGCCACAGGUUAAGGCCAGGGGUGCAUCACUGGAAGGAGCUAUGGGCACCACCUCCAGUCAGGGGGAUUUGAGGCCCAUUCCUAAGGAGGACAAGCUUUUGAGGCCUGCUGAUACUCUAAUGCCUCUACCAGGCACUACUGCUGUAUUAGGGGCCCCAGAUCCUCUGGGGCCACGGGGGGCCACCACUGACCUUGUCCUGCGGCGGGUCCGCCAUCAGCAGCUGUCAGCAGAAGGCGAGAAAUGCAGCCCACGACCAGGAACAAAAGUCAUUAAAUCUGCCUCAGCCACCGCCCUCUCCGUCAUCAUUCCUGCAGUGGAGCAGCAUGGCACCUCCCCUCUGGCCAGCCCUAUGUCUCCUCGCUCCAUCUCCUCCAAUCCUUCUUCCCGUGACUCCUCUCCCAGCAGGGAUUACUCCCCCUCGGUCAGCGUGCUGCGCUCCCCCAUCACCAUCCACCGCUCUGGGAAGAAGUACGGCUUCACCCUCCGAGCCAUCAGGGUCUACAUGGGGGACAGUGAUGUCUACAGCGUGCACCACAUGGUUUGGCAUGUGGAAGAUGGCGGCCCUGCCCAGGACGCUGGACUUAAUGCCGGUGACCUGAUUACUCAUGUGAAUGGAGAGUCGGUCCAUGGUCUGGUUCACACAGAGGUGGUGGAGCUCAUCCUCAAGAGUGGAAACAAGGUGACGGUUACUACAACUCCCUUUGAGAAUACCUCCAUAAAAGUGGGUCCUGCCCGAAAGUCGAGCUACAAAUCAAAAAUGGCACGACGCAACAAAAGGACGGCAGCCAAGGAGGGACAAGAAAAGAAACGUGGUUCGUUGUUCAGGAAGAUCACCAAGCAGUCCAACCUGCUCCACACCAGCCGGAGCCUCUCCUCUCUGAACCGGUCCCUGUCGUCUGGAGACAGUCUGCCUGGCUCUCCCACCCACAGCCUCUCCGCCCGCUCCCCCACUCAAAGUUACCGCUCCACUCCUGACUCCCCUUACCUGGGUACCUCCUCACAGAGCAGCUCUCCAGCCUCCAGCACCCCCAACUCCCCCGCUGCCUCCCAGCACAUGAGACCCAGCUCCCUGCAUGGCCUCUCUCCUAAACUCCACCGACAGUACCGCUCUGCCCGCUGCAAGUCCGCUGGCAACAUCCCCCUGUCCCCACUGGCCCAUACCCCUUCCCCCACCACUUCCUCUCCCCCGCCUCUCAUUGGCCACACGGUGGGCAGCUCCAACACGACCCAGACAUUCCCCGCCAAGCUACACUCCUCACCCCCUGUGGCUCGCCCACGCCCCAAGAGUGCCGAGCCACCCAGGUCUCCUCUGCUUCAGCGAGUACAGUCGGCAGAGAAACUGGGAACUCCACUCAUGACUUCCUCGUCUUCAUCAUCGUCAUCACCCUCUCCCUUGACAGGAGGGGUAUCCAUGCGUAAGCAUAGCCUGGAGGUGACACAUGGGGACUACCGGAGAGAGUCCUUCCACUGUGAGCACAGUCUGCAAAGCCUGUUGGAGAUGGAGGGAGAGAACGGACCGGCUCCCCCCUCUCCCUCGUCCUCGUCCUCCCCCUCGCCCCCUACGGGAGGAGAGAUUGGAAGUUUGAAGCCUGUGAGGAGGCUGGGAAGGCAAGAAUCACCUCUUAGCCGUGACACACUGCUGACAGAGAGAGAGAAAGACACCCACGCCACAAAGUCUGAGACCCAAACUCCAAGCAUUGCAGCUAAAGUUGAGUCCAAGACCAGUGCUGUCAGCACAGCUGAGACAUUAUCAUCUGCCGAGGCUCCCAAGAUUAAAACAGGUCCAGCUUCAGUGGAGACGUACUCUAGUCCAGCGUUGACUCCUGCUACAACACAGGUCAAGCCGAGCCCGGGGGACAAAUUUCCAUGUGCAAGCACGCCGAGCUCUGAGAUAACAGUGACCAAAAGUAAGCCCAGUGACAAAACCCCAACCACAGCAAAGAGCUUGCAGUCACAGGACAGUAAGCAAAAGAGCGCACAGACAGACAGUAGCCCAGCAGCUACUGGCAAAGGGGCCUUGCAGAAGAUAGCAGUCGUAGAAAAGUCCAAGCAAACGAAAGCGACAGAGGCUGAAGAUAGCCUUGUGAAAGGAGGGGUAAGUGGCAGUGGUAAAGCAACGGAGACCACCAGGGUGAAAGGUCCUGCACCUUCGGUUCCAACUGAAGCUCAAGUCCAGGCUGCAUCCCCACCCACAUCCACAGUCCCAGCUGUCACCCGACCCAGAGCAGAGAAGCUAUCAGGCCCGUCAAGUAGCUACCGAGGCGCCAAAGAGGAGAGGUCCCACCUGGAAGUCCUGGAGGAGAACCCUAUGUCUCCCACCUCCACCGCAGCCUCCCCAUGCUCCAGCAAGUCACGUCCUGUGUCCCCGGGUGAGAAGGCCAGCUUUGUUACCCAGCUCACGAGUGUGGCCAAAACUGUCCUCGGGCCUAUGAAGGUGGGGUCUCAGGAUAGUACCAAGGGAAAGGACACCCCCAAGGCAAAUGAAGAGAAGCGGUCAAGCACAACGGGAAAAUCGGAGGCUUCUUGUGGGGGUGGUCCUCAUAUGAAACGGGGGGCCCAGGCAGCAUCUGCGGUGAUUGCUAGCACAGCCCAAUCUGACAAGGCAAACACUCGGAGCUCAAAGCAUCAUUCAUGA